AUGGGCGAGAGCGAAACGCAAAAGCAGCCUAAAAAACGUGGUCGUAAACGUCUAAGCGACGGUACUAUUACCACAAAGAAACGAGAAAAUGCUAAAAGUAUGAAAAAUGAAGCGGCGGUUGAUGAAAACCUUUCGGCAAAGAAACGUGGACGGAAGCGUAAACGAAAAGCUGAAGCCGAUGACAUCACUGUCUCUGCAGCUGACAACAGUGCUGACAAUAAGUUUCAUUUGUGUGCUACUAUAAUGCUUGUUACGUUUGUUGAGAUUAAAGGUAAGCAAGCGCCAGCUGACAAGAAGGAAAAGAAGAAACGAGAAAAGAAGAAGAAAGCUAAGAAUGAGAGUAACGCAAAAGACGCAAGUGACGCUGCAGUAAUCAAAGAGCCUGUUCGUAGUAAUGCAAUAUCUGGAAGGUCAGCAUCACUUGCUAAAAAGCAGUGCUUACAAGAAUUGUUGGAUAGCCAGAAAAUGCGCACGGAUAUGGCCUAUCCGAAGGGUACUUUCCUCAUUCGAUAUGCGGAUUUGGAAACAUUGGAUUCUGAUCCGAUUUGGUGCGUGGAUAACCAUCACAUGCUGAUCAAAUAUCGGCUUUCCAAUCAUAUUGAGGGCAAACAUCGUUUAUAUUUUAAAUCUCAUCCUGAGCGAUUUAUUGGUUGGAAGUGUGAUGAACCUUGGCACUUUCUCCCGGUAACUGUUAUUGAACGCGAUCAAGACAGCAAUAGGGUGAUGGUAAUUUAUCCUGAUGCUAAAGAAUUGGCAGAACAGCGUGAGAAAGCUAGAAGACAAAGACAAAUUGCUCAAGAAUUGAAACGAUCUGGUAAUUGUCAAGAUUCGCAUGGGCAGUCGACGAACAAAUUGCCUUUUGUGGCUGAUGAAGAAGCCGAAGAUGGCGUUUUAACGGAUAAUGAGGACUAUGAACUCGAGAUGGCGGAAGAGGCAGCAAUGGCAAUCGAGAACUUCAUCAUGAUUCCAGAAGGUGAGUACGAUUCUGAUGUAGAUGGAGAUGCAGAAGAGUUCUAUGAGCAAGGCACGGAUUACGAGGAAGAAGAACUAUAA